AUGUCAAUUGUAAACAUUUCAAGCGGCACAGGCUCAAACAUUGACCUGGAGGACCUGCAAAAGUUGGCGGCUCAGCUGCAUGUCCAUCAUAUCGACGCCGAUGACGCUGGCGAUUACCUGACGAUCCUGCGGUCUUUUGAGGCUGUCGCCAACAGCAUAGAGGAUGCGCCUGAGUACAUCCCAGAUGCGCUUCGCCCGCACCCUACCAUCACGCCGCGUCGCUUUUGGCGGCCCGAGGUCACUGACAAUCGGCUCAAUGCGUGGAGUCACAGGUGCCAGCUUCAGUCUGCCUGCCCAAAAAAUAGCCCGCUAGCCGGCCGUACCGUCGUCAUCAAGGACAACAUCGCAGUUGGGGGGAUGCCAACAACGCUGGGCCUGCCAGCGUCUGCGUUUCUCCACAGCGACAAAACCGGCACCGAUUACCCAACUUCUCCAAUUGACGCCGUGGUCGUGGCACGUAUUCUUGCCGCCGGCGCUGUCAUCAAGGGAACAUCCACGUGUGAGAGCUACUGCGCGUCUCCGUUGUCCUUUGCGUCUGCUACCGGGCCAGUACACAACCCCAGACGACACGGGCUCACUGCCGGCGGCAGCAGCAGCGGAUCGGCGGCUUUGGUCGCGGCCCAUGCGCUGGCGACAGGCUCGUCGGGGCAGGACGCUGGUUUGCGGGGCGAAACGGUUGAGCUCGCCAUCGGGACCGACCAGGCUGGGUCUGUCCGCGUGCCCGCGUCGUUCAAUGGGCUUUAUGGGCUGAAACCGACUUUUGGUCUGGUCCCGUAUACUGGCGCUGUGUCUAUGACAGCAAUGAUUGAUCAUUUGGGACCCAUCGCGGCCCGCCUCGAAGACAUUGCUUUGCUGCUCGAGGUCAUGGCCGGCGACGACGGCUUCGAUCCACGCAUGACGCCACAGACCCCGCUGAGAGGCACGGUCAAGCCCUACGUGCAGAUCCUCGCACAGCAGCGACAGAACACGUCGAUUGCACCGACACCAGGCAAGAACUGGACGGUCGGCUUGCUCAAAGAAGCAUUCGCCGUCGCAGGCGUGGGCAACGAUGUGAAGAACAAUAUUGUCGAGAAUGUCACCAAGUACUUUGGCGCAGUUGGCGCUUCCGUUGUAGAGCUGUCAAUCCCAAUGCAUGCCGAGGGACCAGCGAUAUGGACCGCCGCCACGAGGCCCUCAAUGUCUCAGUCGCUUUGCCAAGGACGCCCGCUGGGGCACCUGGCGUAUCAAUCGCCCCAUGCGGAAUUGAAAUGGCCUCCGGGCCAGGAAACAUACGAAACGCUGACGGCGCUAAACCCGGCUGUGGUCAACAUCAUGCUCAGCGAACUCUUUGCUCGGGACCAUUCCAAGGCUGGACUGGCCGCCAAGGCCCACCGAAAGUGCUUCGAGCUGAGGAAUGCCUACGACCGCGCUUUCGAAACCGUGGAUGUCCUCGUGGCUCCUUGUACCCCAUCAGUCGCCAUGCCUCACCCUCCAGCUGUCGACGAUGGAGAGGCCAUCCUAGUUUGA